UACACUGAAGAUGAAGUUUUCAUUUGUCUUGUUCCUUUUAGUAGGUAUCCCUCCUCUAAAAGGGCAGCAGAGGAUUGAGGAGUUUGAACACAUUCUGCUGAGACUCACCUUCCCUUCGUUUUACAAUAGUUACAACAAAUCCUGCUGUAAACUCUAUCCAGGAGGAUGUUACAAGCUGCUGGACAGCACAGGAUAUACCUGUGAUUUAUUGGAGGGACGAGUUACGAAAUCUGAGAAUGAUGGCUGGAUAGAAUUUAAAAUAUCGGAUGUGCAGUUUGUGGAUGGAGGCUAUUACAGAUGUAUGGUUCUGGGAAUUCAAAAUCCCAUCUACAGUGAUUACUAUGUCGAGGUGUCUGAGGUUUCACUUCACCAUAGCCAGUCUCAGCCUUCAGUGGCAACAACCGUCAAAGCCCCCAACACCUCCACGACACUCCCAGACUCCACUGGGCCUGUUCUGGCACAGGACCAUGUUGACAGUCCCAGAGUUUCUUGGAGUUUUGGCCUGCCUCUAGCUGUCAUUGUGUCCAUUGCAGUGAUGAUUUUGAUCACUUCAGUUAUUGGUGUGGUUUUGUGCAGUGUCAAGGCAAAACCUAAACAGUCGAACAAAUAUGGAGAAACUCUGUGUGAGUCACUGAAACAAGAGGCCCCGGAAAUGAGUGGCAUAGUCUACACAACAGUGGACUUCAGAGCUCACCAGAAACCGACAGAGUUGUAUGCAAACCUUAGGAUGCACGAAACACAAGCGGGAGGCCCCAACUCGACUUGGAGUGCAGAGCAUGAUGGGAUGGUGGAGUACUCCACACUGGCAAUCCACCAGUGAAUUCAUGUGAAAGUUUAGUUUCUGAUUUUGAUGGGACCCAUUUUAUCUGUUACACCACAGUGUUUUUAAAGGGAACUCCUCUGAUUAUUUGAAAAAUGAAUAAAAAGACAAAUACAUCGGCUGCAUUAUGGGAAAUGAA